AGCAGCCUUGGAGAAGCAUCAGCUGAGAGCAGCUAUCACAUGGGAGCCGGGAGCUGCCCAGCAAAGCUGCUGUGGAGGCACCGUCAAGCACAGCAUGGCACUGUGGGAGAGACUACUGGCCCCGGGGCCAGACCACCGAUCUGUGUACUCGGACCUUGCCACUUACUAGCUGUGUGACCUUCGGUGCCUGCAUGAGGAAACUGAAGUCCAGAAGAGUCACAGAUAAUAAUUUCCAGGCGGGGGACCGGAGGCCCUAUCUUGCGCUCCUACCCUCCAACAGCUCCUGCCAUUCUGAGGACCCCAGAAGCCAGGAAAUUGACAUACGCAGCUUUGAAAGUGGGACUCUAGAAGCUCAGUAGGGCCCUGGGAAACUGAGACAGAGGCUUUGGGGUCUCUGCCUGCCAGUCCUUGACAGGGGAGAAGGGUGUGAAGAGAGCAAAGCAGGUGGAGAAGGAGCCCAAGAACUCUCAGAAGGUGGCGUGCUGAGGGGUGAGGCUCCUGCCUCUCAGUGUGUCUCCCCAGUCACCAAGGUGGGAGCCGAGGAACAAGGUCCGGCCUCCUGGCAGGAAGGGGAGAUGCGCUCCUGAGCUCCUGAGCCCUCAGCUACUGAUCUGGCGUUCAGCACCUACAGCCCAGCCUGGAAGCCUGGUGACAGGAGUCUGCAUUAGCAGCUCCGCGGGAGUUGCUCCCCUACCUCCUUCCACCCCCAGAUUGGGAAGCUUGGGCCUGGGCUUGCCAUCCCAGGGGCACUGGACUAGGAUGGGGGAUGGGCUCGUGAUAGGGGGUGCCCUGGGUGUCCUCUUUCGGCCCCAUGGAGUCCUCCCCCAUCCCCCAGUCAUCCGGGAACGCUUCUACUUUGGGGAGGGCCCCUCAGACCCCAGGCCCCUCUACUGCCAGCGGGGUCCCCGAAGUGGGGCUACGGGACGUGGCUUCAGAAUCUGUGGCCCUCUUCUUCAUGCUCCUGCUGGACUUGACCGCGGUGGCUGGCAACGCUGCUGUGAUGGCUGUCAUCGCCAAGACACCUGCCCUCCGAAAAUUUGUCUUCGUCUUCCACCUCUGCCUGGUGGACCUGCUGGCCGCCCUGACCCUCAUGCCCCUGGCCAUGCUCUCCAGCUCCGCCCUCUUUGACCAGGACCUCUUUGGGGAGGUCGCCUGCCGCCUCUACUUGUUCCUGAGCGUGUGCUUUGUCAGCCUGGCCAUUCUCUCGGUGUCGGCCAUCAACGUGGAGCGCUACUACUACGUGGUCCACCCCAUGCGCUACGAGGUGCGCAUGACCCUGGGGCUGGUGGCCUCCGUGCUGGUGGGGGUGUGGGUGAAGGCCUUGGCAAUGGCUUCCGUGCCCGUGUUGGGAAGAGUGUCCUGGGAGGAGGGAGCACCCACCAUGCCCCCAGGCUGCUCGCUCCAGUGGAGCCACAGUGCCUACUGCCAGCUGUUCGUGGUGGUCUUUGCGGCCCUCUGCUUCCUCUUGCCCUUGCUCCUCAUCCUCGUGGUCUACUGCAGCAUGUUCCGCGUGGCCCGCGUGGCCGCCAUGCAGCACGGGCCGCUGCCCACGUGGAUGGAGACGCCCCGACAACGCUCUGAGUCUCUCAGCAGCCGUUCAACUAUGGUCACCAGCUCGGGGGCCCCCCAGACCACCCCACAUCGGACGUUUGGGGGCGGGAAGGCGGCAGUGGUCCUCCUGGCUGUGGGGGGACAGUUUCUGCUCUGUUGGCUGCCCUACUUUUCUUUCCACCUCUACGUGGCCCUGAGUGCUCAACCCAUCUCAACCGGGCAGGUGGAGAGCGUGGUGACGUGGAUAGGCUACUUCUGCUUCACUUCCAACCCUUUCUUCUAUGGAUGUCUCAACCGGCAGAUCCGCGGGGAGCUCAGCAAGCAGUUCGUCUGCUUCUUCAAGUCAGCUCCAGAGGAGGAGCUGAGGCUACCUAGCAGGGAGGGCUCCAUUGAGGAGAACUUCCUGCAGUUCCUUCAGGGGACAGGCUGUCCCACCGAGUCCUGGGGUGCGCGACCUCUACCCAGCCCCAAGCAGGAGCCACCUGCUAUUGACUUUCGAAUUCCAGGCCAGAUAGCUGAGGAGACCUCUGAGUUCUUAGAGCAGCAACUCACCAGCGACAUGAUCAUGUCGGACAGCUACCUCCGUCCUGCCCCCUCACCUCGACUGGAAUCGUGACGGGCUGCUGGACACUUGGAGGGAGAUGGGGCUGGGGGCCAGUUAUGACUGCAAGGACCACCUUGAAGGAUCAUCUUUUCUCAGCUACCCGGGGCUGGGGCUGGGGUCUCUGCACACAGCUUUUGCUUAGUGUUUCUGGAUCAGGAACAAAGCCAACAGGAUGGAGGUGUGGCCAAAGCCUUGGACGUGGCUGUGAUUUUUGACUACUCGGGGAGGGGACCUGGUGAGAUGGUGAUGAGAGUAAAGGGUCACAAAGGUGAGAUGCUUCUCCACCCGUGAACUUUUCAUGUCUCAGGAAGCAGGGAGAUUCUCAGGGUAGGAGCUGGAGGAUACAGAGCAGCAGGCCAGGUUUGCAGUUAUGCUGGGGACCCUUCAGGCUACUGCAUUUCUCAGUGUCAUUGUCCAGGGCAGUAAUUGUGUCCAAGCAAGGUAAGAUAAUGACUUGUGUUUUCUCAUUUCCUUGCUACGUUUAAAAAGAGCCAAAUUACAGCCAACUGUUUCCUUUUCGUUAAUAUACCCUCCCCUGCUUUGACCAGUGGAGGUUUCCUUACAAGUGGGUUUAUUCCUUUCCGGAGUUUGGCCGGAGACAAGGGGAGUGGCAACCAGAGCAUGCAUGGAGGAGCAGGAGACAGGGGAGCUGGCGCUUGCUAUCCCCGCUCUCCAGAAACAGUCCUUCUGCUCUAUUUUCUGUGUCUCUCAGCACAUGGGAGAUCAACCUUGGGCUUGAUCUCAGCAGAGGCCAGAAUAAGGUAGGGUAGCCCUUCCUCCUUUGCUUUUGGAAUGAAGGAGUAUAAAGGUUGGGGGCUGGGUGGCUGAAGAUUGGAAGGUUAGUGUUUGAGUUGCUGAGGUGGCUGCAAACAGAGAAGCCAGGAGAUCACCCUGAUCAAUAAUAAUGCACAUCUUUUUUCCCCUAGGACUGGCCUCCCUGAUCUCUCUCCUCAUGGCAGUGACCCACCUCCAGCCCCCUGGACAAUUGGGUACAAGAGACUAACGUUGGGAAGGGGAAGGGUGGGGCCCCCAUGGUCCAUUAAAUGCCUCCCUACUUCUACUCAUUGCUCUCAAAAUUAGCUUCAGUGACGACUUAAAUUUCUCUAUCUGCAGCCCUGGGUUGGAGAGAGGGCACAGGCGUUGGGCUCAGCUUUUCACUGACUGAAACUGUACACAUUAUGUUGACUGGUAUUGGCGGUGGUAUUUUCAAGGUAGCGGAAUAACUGCACACUGGACAGGAUAUCCACCUGGGACUACCUGUCCAUCCCACUUCCCUCAACGAAUCAGCUAACAUUUAAGGCUUGAGGUAGGACCAGAGGGUGAUGUGGUCUGUAUCUGGAAAAACCCCUGGCUUACUCAAUAUCCAAGGGCAAGAUGGACUGGUGAGAGUGGGGUAGUUUCCCCUUUGAACCGCCAAUAAAUACUUUUUAUUACAAAGUCACACUGGUAUCAACAUUGACUCCCUCAGUACAAUCCAGGGCUUACCAGUUGAAUACCCAAUAUCUGGGAAUCACACAGAGGAUGUAUGGUCACUGCCUUUGGGAAUUCAUAGUCUAAUUAGAGAUGAUACCUUGUGUUUUUACAGUGCAUUUACAUCUGGUAAAGCUCUGUAGAAUGUUUGAGAAAUAGAUUGGAGAAUAUGUUCAUGGUUCUAAGGGUUCAGUCCACUGCAGCAAAACACCACAACCUACAGAUUGUGGAAAGUGUGGAGAUUGUAAGUGAAUCUCUAGUUAAAAAAGUAGUUCAUUAAACAAACAUGGGCAAUCAGCAUUUCCCUUUAGAUCUAGGAAAAAUUCCAGGUUUCUGUCUUCCUAUCACUAGAUUUUAGCAUAGUAUCUAUUAAUUAAGUCGAGAAAAUCUAUUAAUUAAGUCUUUUGUGAUUGAAGAUGGGCUCCUUCCCCCUUCCUUUAAGAUCACAAAAGAGGAAUCUCUUUCUUAGAUAAGGGAAAACUUCCAAACAUCACUCAUCAGUUAGUAAACCCUACGUAUCGCCAGCAGGUGGCAGUAUGAGUCCAGCCGAAACAGAGACGGUAAAGAGGGAGGGAAAAGAGAGGGAAUUAAAACAUUGUUUGGCAGCCAUUUUAUUAAUUUAUCUGGCCUUUUCCUUCGCUCUCCGAUCCUUCAAAUACAUUAGUGAAGAAAGCUUUAAGAAUAAGAAUAUAUGUAAUUCAAGCUGUAAUACAGCUAUCCUGUAAGGCAGGGCAUUUGUAAUUUUUGACACUAUGAUCAGAUUGGCGUUAUUGCAGAAUUUGAUAUUUGCUGGUUCAUCUGCCAUUUAUUUUCCCCUAAGUGGAUGGAUUGUGAAGGAAAUAAAAAUUUCUCUUCUAUUAUGCGGAGAACUUUUCCAACAAUUUCUGCUGUGGCCACUUUCUAGGAAUGUUCUAGUCUCUAGGAUCACUUGGUAAAGUUCGCAGGUAAUCCUGCAAGCUUUGUGGACAAAACAUGACCUCUUUAAUCCACUGAGAACCAACAGGUUGAGGCAAUUGUUCUGUUCCUGCACCCUGGAGUAACUCCCAAUACCAGAUGACAACCAUGUACCCCAGAAAAAUUUUAGUGGCGGUGUAGAAAAGGCAUGAACUUGAGAGUUAGACCUAUGUACUGUGUGAGUUUGAGAACGAUGUUUAAUUUCUCUGAGCCUAUUUCCUAAUCUGUAAUAUGGGGAUAAAAAUGACCUACUUCACAGGGUUAGUUGUUGUGAGGCUUAGAAGAGGGCCGGUGGAAGCACCU